GUUUCGGGAAGACUGCACAAGUCCGCACCGAGGGGCCAAAGAAGGUUUGCGAGUCGCGACACAACAGCACGUCUGUCGUAUUCGGGUGCCACCCACCGUUGCUCAAGCCUCGAGUCCCAGGACUGCCGGUCGGUUCCUGUGUGGAGUGUAACGGCACGGAUCACCUAGGUAUUCUGUGGUCCCUGACCAUUUGUGAACAGGUCCCUGGGAUAGUGGGACGGGCAGUCUAAUUGACUUGGUCCCCGUUGCUUUACCUGUCCUUGUCCUUCUUGGUCCAAUUAACCUUUCCGAAGCUUCCCUCCCACUACUUCUCGACGACAACAACACGUACACGAAGAGACAUACACACACACACACAACUCGCUAAACAACGCGUCAACGACUCGACGGACCAUACCGGGCCAACUCUUCCUCCUCCACGAUACCCUCACAUCGCGAACCACCCAAAUCCAAAGACCCAGCGCAGCCAACAAGAUGGUCUCAACACGAUCCUCCUCCCGCGCCCUCUCAACCGGCCCCGAUGCCUCCCCAAGCAUCCCCUCCACAGCCCGUGCCGUUGUAAACGCCGCCACAGCCCGCCCGGAAAACAAAUCUACCCCGCAAGGCUGGUCCCACGCGCCAACCUCCCUCACCUGUUUCUGGCUCCUCGUCUCUCUGCCCCUCGUCAUCUGGGACACGGGCUAUGUUCUCCUCCGCCCCUGGACGAUGCCCGGCGGCCACCUCCACUGGCCCGUCUGGGCGCCCUACAAGCUCUACGGCGAGGUCGACCACGUGUACGGGUGGAAAGCGUUCAACGCCGGCAACGGCUUCACCUCUGCGCAGGGCGCGCUGAAUGCCGUUGAGACGGUCAUGUAUCUUGCCUACUACUGGCUGUACUUCUCGCGGGGACGCGCCGUUGACGGGCCGGCUGGGUUGAAGAAGGUUGUGGGCGGAAAGGCGGGCGCGUUGGCUAUUGUUAUUGGAUUCAGCGCGGCUGUUAUGACAUUGAGCAAGACGGUAUUGUACUGGGCGAACGAGUACUUCUCUGGCUUCGACAAUAUUGGCCACAACCCCCCUCUCGACCUCCUCUUCCUCUGGAUCAUUCCCAACGGCGCAUGGCUCCUCGGCUCAGGCUACAUGAUUUUAUCCAUGGGUGGCGAAAUCGUCGACGGGCUGGCCCUCGCGUCAAAGACGACCAAGACCGAGUAAUCGACACUGAUCGGUAUUUGCGACGCACCGUUGCACUCUCAAACUCGGGUGAUAGCAAUCGCGCGAGGUAAUCAAGGUGUCUUGAUUCUGUACAUUCAGCGCUGUGAGACGCGCGAGCACGCCAGCAGUAGGUGAAGGCCCGGAAACCGUACUGGAUGGCAAAUGGGUCAAUAUAGUACAAGAGAUAAAUGGACAUAUGCAGUAAUGUUUGAUAUGACAACAGCCCCAUCUACACCCUCCUGAGUGGGCGUCGAGCCUGAUUCGUUGCUGCGCGCGAUAGGUUCGCGCAUUUCUUCACACGUGCACAUCCGCGCCCACGAUGGCUGCAAUCCUGCAGGUACCAUGCGCAUAAACGUCACGGGGCGGACAAGCCAGGUCACAACUGUCAGCACUUACACCCGUCAUACAUCAAGACAUGAUUGACAGAUGAACAGCGGACU